AUGUCUUCUACCAACAGGAUAAGAAAAUCACAUGAGAAAGAUCCCUCGAGUUCGAAAGAAUCAAAGUCUAAAUCAACUGCUUUAAAUAACGUUAGCAGUGACGAGGAAGAUGGAAUUCAAGAGAUUGAUGUAACCGAGGACGAUUCCAAGAAGAGCCACCGUCAUAAUUCGAUUAGCCACCACCAUCAUAAAAAACACCACGAAGAAACCAAAUCGAGGAAAAAGAUUCGCGAGUCAAGACGAUUUAUAUUCAUUUUGGGUAUUGUAUUUGGUCUUAUAGUUACCGUGUUUUUUACAACAAACAAAGCCAGCUUCCCCGCUGAUCUAGACCAGUUGGUCAAUUUGAACUUUGACAAUUUAAAUUCCUUGUUUGAGGACUGGAAGGGGUGGAAGGACGUGUUGCCAUCAGGAAUACAAUCCUAUUUACAAAAUGCCGAAGGUGGCGAUGACAGUCUCCACGGCUCAGCCGAGUCGUUUAGUGUUGGAUUGAGGCUAAGAGCCGCCAAGAACUACACGGCAAAAUAUAAUGUGGUUAUGGUACCUGGUGUCAUUUCUACCGGGUUGGAAUCGUGGGGAACAACGACUCUGGGCGACUGUCCUUCAAUUGGAUAUUUCAGAAAGAGGUUAUGGGGGUCCUUCUUUAUGUUGCGAACAAUGAUUCUUGACAAGACGUGCUGGCUAAAGAGCAUUAUGCUUGAUCAAGAAACAGGGUUGGACCCGCCCAAUGUAAAAGUACGUGCUGCGCAAGGAUUUGAGGCUGCCGAUUUCUUUGUUGCUGGGUAUUGGAUUUGGAAUAAGAUAUUGCAAAACCUAGCUGUGAUUGGAUACAGUCCUGAUAACAUGUUGAGUGCUAGUUACGAUUGGCGUUUGACUUAUUUUGAUUUAGAGAAACGAGAUGGCUAUUUCAGUAAGUUGCAGAAGCAAAUUGAAAUGACAAAGAAGUUUGGUGGUGAAAAGUCGAUCCUCGUUGGCCAUUCAAUGGGGUCACAAGUUGUAUUUUAUUUCUUGAAAUGGGUUGAAGCCAAAGGUGAAUAUUUCGGCAAUGGUGGCCCUAAUUGGGUGAAUGAACACAUUGAGGCUGUUAUUGAUAUAAGUGGCUCAACUUUGGGAACUCCUAAAACUAUACCGGCCUUGAUAUCAGGAGAGAUGAAGGACACGGUUCAAUUGAAUGCGUUGGCAGUCUAUGGUUUAGAGCAAUUUUUCAGCAGGAGAGAACGUGUUGACAUGUUGCGUACAUUUGGUGGUGUUGCUAGUAUGUUCCCCAAAGGAGGAGAUUUAAUUUGGGGAAAUUUGACGCAUGCUCCCGACGAUCCAAUCAAUACCUUUGAGACAAAUGACACUAGUCAGGAGAUCGAAGGGCCAAAGAAUGGAAGUUUUGGUACAUUUAUCAAAUACACCGGUAAGGAUGGCAAAGAAAGAGAGGUUACAAUGGAUGAGAGUUUGGAGCAACUACUCGACGAAGCUCCAUCAUGGUAUUCGAAAAGAGUCAGGGACAACUACAGUCAUGGAGUAGCCAAGACUAAAAAAGAGUUGGAGACCAACAACCAAAUCCAGAGCAAGUGGGUUAAUCCAUUGGAAGCUACGUUGCCCAAUGCUCCCGACUUGAAGUACUACUGUUUUUACGGUGUGGGAAAUCCUACUGAACGUGCGUACAAGUAUGUGCCGGCCGACAAAUCAGUCAAGUUAGACUAUGUUAUUGAUAGUGACUCAAGCGAUGGAGUCUUGUUGGGAGAUGGUGAUGGAACAGUGUCGUUGUUAACCCAUACAAUGUGUCAUGAAUGGCAAAAGGGAAGCAAGUCAAGAUUCAACCCGGGCAAUGUCAACGUUACCAUUGUGGAAAUCAAACAUGAACCAGAUAGAUUUGAUUUGAGAGGUGGAGCCAAGACAGCGGAACAUGUGGAUAUAUUGGGAAGUGCCGAGUUGAAUGAAUUGGUUCUCACUGUUGCUUCAGGAAAUGGUGCCACCAUUAAGGAUAGAUAUGUAAGUAAUUUGAAACAAAUCGUUGAGGGGCUAGAGAUAUAG